AUGUCGACAGAGCUCACCAGCUGCCGACAGUAUCCAAUGGACGUCCCGUCCUGGCAUCCCGCGAAUCAGGCCUCGGAUGCGCUCCGACGCCUGGCAAUGGACGGCGGAGAUCGCCCCAAACGCACCGAGUUCAAGGACGUGGACACGCUGACGAAGUCGGAGCGGGAGAUGGUGGUCACGGACGCGAACGCAGUGCAAGACGGCGAGCGGGGCUUGCUGGACCCGUCGGACCGGUUGUAUCUUGUGGAGCAGACGCUUUUGGAGCAAGAAGCGACGGAUCGGGAGCAACGGGAGCGCGAAAACGCGCUGCAGGCGUUCCGCUCGAAAGCGCUGGAAGUGCAGGCUCGGAAGACGUCUGUGCCGGAGCUUGUGGGAUUACAGAAGCCUUUGGUGUCUCCUAAGAUGAUCAAGCCAGUGGUGGUGGUUGUGCCGAAAGCCAAGAAGCGGACGUUAAAGACGGCGGAGAAGAAUGUGGGGACUAAGAAGAGGAAGACUAGUCGGAUCGGGACUUGUGUGGGACUUAAAGUUAAGGCCAAAGCUGCGAGGGACGAUCGUGAAUCAGAUGUUGCAACCGACCGGCAACGGGAGAUUGAGCACGAUGCUCUUAGAGUACUUGGAGACUCUAGUACAAUAGCGAAGCUGGUGGAUGACUACUCGAGUGAUGACUAG